CUUUUCCACACCCACUCCUCGUUUCUCUCUCUCUCUCUCUCUCUCUCUGUGCCGCGUCGCAAGGUGACGGCACGGCGCAGGGGAGAAAACGCGUUUGUGAUGCUGAUUGGCUGCGCCACGUUGCUACUCUCCGCCCCUAGCGUGACAAGAUGGCAGCGCCCAUGAGGAGAGUGGGUUAACAGGAAAGGAAAAAGCAAAAGGGAGAAAGGCGAGGCCGGGUUGUCCUCAGAGGGUGAUUGUAGAGGAGAAAGAGAGGGAGUGUUGGUUUUGGGGAUUUGUUUUCAUUGGUGCUCCUUGUUGGGAUAGGCCAAUUAGAAUUUCUUGGGGGGCUAGGGUAGGAUCUCAGGGUUCUGUCUCCGGGGGCUGGCUUUGGGACCCUUCACAGAAAUUUCCCUCAGCCACUUGCUGACGAGACCGUGUGUUCUUUUUCUUUUUUGCAUUUUGUAAAGCACAAAUAAAAUCUGAGACCCCACUCCCGCCGAAGCCCAUCCCAAUGUUGAGCAAGUCUUGCUUUUUUUUCUUUUCUUUUAAAGUGUACCUUUUGCCAAUAUUUGCAAAACUGGGUUGACUUCUCACGAUGGUGGCAAUAUUCAUAAUAUGUAAUAAAAUACGGGAGCGAUUCUGAAGAGUGGCAAAAUUGCUGGAAAUUUAUUGGUGGUCUUCCUCGUCGUUGUUGCCCUCACCCCACCCCAAUACCAGAAUGUGGUGUGGGGGGUUACAGCGCCUGUCAUCCAACUGCUCUUUUGUGGUUCAGCGCCUUUGUCCAACUGCCCUUGCACAAGGUGCAGUGUUUUUCCGAGUGAUGUCAAGGCGGUUGUAUACACCACAAGCAGAAAGGAAGAGGUUUUACCAGAAUGUUAGCAUCUCCCAAGGUGAAGGUGGCUUUGAAAUCAGCUUGGACCACCGGAAGCUGAAAACCCCUCAAGGCAAGCUCUUUGUGGUGCCCAGCGAAACCCUGGCUCUGGCCGUGGCGACUGAGUGGGACUCUCAGCGGGACACCAUCAAAUUGUACAGCAUGCAUCUGACUACCUUGUGCAACACGGCUUUGGACAACCCAUCACAGCGAAGCAAAGAUCAGCUCAUCCGGGCAGCGGUGAAGUUCUUGGAGACGGAUUCAAUCUGCUACCGGGUGGAAGAGCCGCCUGCCUUGGUGGAACUGCAGCAGAAUGAGUGGGAUCCCAUAAUUGAGUGGGCCGAGAAAAGGUAUGAUGUUACAAUUGGCUCCUCCACCAGCAUCAUGGGCCCCAGCAUCCCGCAAACCACGAAGGACACCUUCUCCAGCCACCUGGCAUCGUAUAACAGCUGGGCCCUUCAAGGCAUAGAGUACAUGAUCACUCAGCUAAAGUCUCUGAUUCUCUCGAUGGGCCUGCUUGACAAACGCCUCACAGUCGAGCAAGCUGUCCUGCUAUCUCGUCUGGAGGAAGAAUACCAGAUCCAGCACUGGGGGAACGUGGAGUGGGCCCAUGACUAUGACAUGUACGAGCUGCGUGCCCGCACGGCCGCUGCCACCCUUUUUGUUCAUCUCUGCACAGAGAAUUCUACUGUCAAGCAGAAGCUGCUGCAGGACUGAAGCUCUGGGGUGUCAAAGGGCUGGCGGCAGCAGCUGCGGGUGGACGUGCAGAAUGCCCAAGUCUUGGCUGUAUGGCUGAUGGAGGGAGAAGAGGGGCUGGUGGCGGUGGUGGUGAAAUGGCACCACCCUCCCAAUGGCUCCUUCUGUAGACUGCGUCAUGGAGGCGUGUCUUCCACGCAAUCUGUGUUGAUUCUCCCAGCGGGGAGACGGGGGGCGGGGGAGCUUCUUGGCAUCUUGUUUCCUUUUGUCCAACCUAAAUCUGGCCUUGAAACGUCUGACCAGACUUCCCUUCCUUGUACUGUGCAUCCCGCCUCCACUUCAACCCCAGGGCAGAGUAUCCCAGCGUUCGACACAGGCCCUUGGACGCCCCCAGUUUGCGAGUUCCCAGGAGGAAAUCUGUUCAUUCCUGGAAGUGACGGGCGUCACCCACCUGUGGAUGAUUUGCCCUGUGGUGGCCCCUCCCCUCGUUGUUUCUCAGACCCACCACCAGUAGCAGCAGCAGUUCAGCUUGAGUCCUUCAGGGCCUCUAGCAGAAUGGACAUUUCCCGGGGGCGGGGAGAGGAGAUGCAAGCCCUCAAGCGCAGCUACUGCAGGGAACUCGUUUUGGCUGGGCUGAUGCCCCCCCUCCACCUUCUCUUAAAACCCUUUGAAGUGGGACAUGAUCAGCGGGAGGUUCUGUUACACAGCCGUGCCCCUUGCCCAGGGUGGUGGCUUGCGGGGACGCCUAACAAAUCGGAAGAGAGCAGCCAGUCCCUCUCUGUCCCCGAACUGGAAUACUUUAUGCUUUGUGUAUCAAUGCACGGUUGUUUGGACUUCAAAGUGGGCCGUCGGCAGCCUCUUGUGACGCCGGCGGUGAACCUGUGAGAACGUGUAGGGUACUCCAGUAGCAGCUGGUAUGGAGGGGUAGAGGCAGUGGCCUGACCUCCCGGCAGGCGAGUCGCUGCUGCUUGCCCCGAGGAGGAGGGUGAGGUGGCAGGGAGGAUGGCACAGUGCAAAGACACUAGCAGGAGCACUGGAUUGGCUCCACUAGGUGCGCUUGCAUGGCACUACCCUCCCUGCUGUGUUGCUUUUCCCUCUCUUCCUCUCAAUAAGCAGCAGCGACUCACCUGCUGGGAGGCCCGGUAAGGGCCUCUCCCCCCCCCCUCGGCCGCCUUCUGCUCCUGAGGCCCUCAGUGGCCCUUGGUGGGGGAAACUAGGGCAGAUCUGGAGGUCUCUCUCCCUUUAUGCUCCCACCCAUUGCACAUGGCCCCCCUCUUGGUUCCAUGGCAGGCCUCUGUGUCUCCAGGAAAGCCAAAGCCUGCACUGACAGCCAUUCACCCCUUUGUACUCCUAGCAGAGGAGAAUGGAUUUUUCCUACCCUCCCUUCCUCGCAGUUUGAUUAAAUGCUCCUGUUCAGUGUUUGUGCAUGC